AUGGUCGAGAAGGUCUACGUCACAUACAACCAGGUCCACAAGCUCUGCCAAGAGGCAGCAGACCAAAUCCUCAAUGAGUUCCAGCCUAACCUUAUGAUCGCCAUUGGCGGUGGUGGUUACGUCCCUGCGCGCAUCCUUCGUUCCUUCCUCAAGAAGCCCAACAGCCCCAACAUCCCCAUCCAGGCCAUCGGUCUCUCCCUUUACGAACAACUCGGCUCGGGUCCCGACUCUGAGGUCGAAACCCCCGGCACAAAAGUAACACGAACCCAAUGGCUGGACCUCUCCUCUCUCGAGAUGGCCAACCUGAUCGGCAAAAACGUCCUUAUCGUCGACGAGGUAGAUGACACACGCACCACCCUCGAAUACGCCGUCCGCGAGCUGGAGAAGGAUGUCGAGACCGCAGUCAAGAAGCUCGGCCGCGAGGGCGAGAAGACAAACUUCUCAAUCUUCGUCUUGCACAACAAGGAUAAGGCGAAGAAGGGUCAACUGCCUCAGGAGAUUCUCAAGGGCAGGUAUUGUGCUGCCAGGACAGUUGGAGAUGUUUGGAUCAACUACCCUUGGGAGGCUACCGACAUUGACGAGCACGACCGUUUGUCGAGGGAGCAGGAGAGCAAGCAAUAA